GGGCAACAAAGUCCACAAAAUCUGGACCCCAUAUUUUGAUUACCAAACUUUGAACAAUUCAUACAUGUAGCAUACUGCAUACCCCAUGCAACAAGUCUACCUUUCGUUUACUUGACUUUCAGUCUUCGCCUGGCCCUAAUUUUAAAUUAGGGUUUCGUGAUAAGUAUGAAUCUCAGGCUUCGAUCCUUCCAAUCCAAACCCUAAUAUCUCAAAUCAGACUCUGGAUUAGUGUUUUCAUGGAGAAGAGCAAUUCGUUCAAAGGCCCUCAGAACCCAUGGAGCGCCGAUUUGGGACUUGGCACCAGCGAUCGGAGAUUGGCUUUUUCGCGCCAAGCCUCGUUCCAGCAAUACCACGAACCACACACGCCGGUUUCGAUCAAUCUCAACGACUCUGAGGCGACGCCGUUUCUCUCGCCGAGCGUGUCGAGCAUUGACGUUCCUCAAGGGGCGUAUUUGGCAGAGGAAAAUGACAAGCUUUUCGGGGAACGAAGAGUUUCGGCCGAGAAAUUAUCCGUCUUGUUGGUUUUUGAAUCGGUGUUUCGGAUUUUGAGGUCCGGAAAUCGGUAUAUGAAGAGAUUGUUCUUGUUGAUUUCGCUUAAUGUUGCGUAUUCGACAGCGGAGCUAUGUAUUGGACUCUUCACGGGACGUAUAGGUUUGGUGUCAGAUUCAUUUCAUUUAAGUUUUGGGUGUGGCUUAUUAACGUUUUCAUUGUUCGCUAUGGCUGCUUCUCGAAAGAAACCUGAUGGAAUUUACACUUAUGGGUAUAAAAGGCUAGAAGUUUUGUCUGCUUUUACCAAUGCUCUGUUUCUUUUGUUUAUGUCAUUCUCCUUGGCCGUGGAAGCACUUCAUGCGUUCAUACAGGAUGAAUCUGAACACAAGCAUUACUUGAUUGUUUCGGCAGUGACAAAUCUACUGGUGAAUCUUAUUGGUGUUUGGUUCUUCAGAAAUUAUGCUCGUGUCAAUCUUG